GAAGUAAAGUUUUCAUUUUAUUUUCAUGUGUCAAUUCGCUUACUCUUGCUACUCUGAAGAUAUUCGUAGCCUUGAGAUUUUAACAAGUCUCUGCUCUCAUAGAAAUAGUGUCAAUCCUAGCUCAUUGAAUUAGUUUCACAAUCGAUGACGGUAAGUAAGAUCCUUCGAAAUCAGAAUGAUAUGAAUCCAUGACAACGACGACAGCGACCACUACAAGUGAUAAUUCCCUAAGAAAAUCAAUUUAUCGUUUAGCCCUCUUUACAAACGUCAUUCUUUGAUCCUAUUCAACCUUGUUAUAGAUAGCUCCAAAAUUGCCCCACAACUAUCCAAGGCACUUUAUUAGCUCCAUCCUCACGUCAGGAGCUUCGAGACUCCAUCCGUCUAUUCAAGAAUAAAUCAUUUCACUCGUAUGAUCCACAUGCUUCAAUCAAAAAUUCAAUCAAAAAUUCCUCAAAAGUGUAGCACUCACAACAAAGCCAUCACUAUGUCAAGAAAUCUUGCCAAGCAAGUCGCCGCCAAACAAAUCGUCUCGAAGCAGACCGCUCGAAAGGGAACGAAACUCCGCAAGAAACCUGAAGACAGUACAUCCAAGCUCAGACUUCUCGAUUUGCCCUUGGAAAUUCGACAGCUCAUCUACAAAUACAUACUUGUAAAAGAGAACCGAAUAGAAAUCGUAUCACCAUUGGACACUCUUUCUCGUUCACAUCCUGAAAGAAGAAAACGCAAGUCUCCAAAGGGUGCUACUGCUCUACUCGAAGUGAAUAAGGCAAUCCAUCAUGACGCAGCGCUAUAUUUCUAUGAGAAUAAUCAUUUUGUCAUCAGAAUUUCUGUUGAUGCCCUACAUCGCCUGGACGCCUUCACAUACACUGAGAAAUCGAUUACUCGGGCCAAUAACCACGGACUCAGAUGUUUUCUUACUCGGGUGCCCCGAUUCUACGUUUCAUGCAUCAAAGAACUCACCAUUUUGAUUUCUUUUGCUACAACUGAUCCUGAAUACUGGCCUUGCGAUAGUAUAUCCUAUCGUGGGAGUACUUCCACAGCUUAUGUUUCUGGUGGCGUUGUGAGACAGUUUCAGUAUUUGACAGCUGUCACGCUCAGACGCUUUUCCAGGCUACGAGUAGCCAAUAUCAUCUUCAGUGAUGCAGAUAGUGAGAAAGAACCUACAUAUUCUUAUCAGAAUACUCCUAAACCUUGGAAAUUGGAGGAAAGUCUAUUCAAAUCAUUCCACAACCUGUUCCAAUGUGAAAAUCUCGAAAGGGCAACCCUUAGGAUGGAUCUAAAUGACGAUUCACGUUCAUAUCUGUUUUGUCCCAAGCACCACCCAUGGAGCCGCGGUGGUUUCAUUUUUCGCAUUAUUAAUGCCGCAAUGGAAAGAGCUAUGAAGAAUCAGGAUGGUGAUUGGGAGCCCACUGAAGAUCAUGGAAUAGAGAUUGUUCGGGUUGGAGUAAUGACAAGGGCCCAAACAAACUGUGCGAGUUUGAAAGGGGAUUUUGGUUCCAUAUUCCAAGAAGAGCAAAAGAAAAUUUGAGAUUAUAAAAGAUUUGAUUAUAUUCUUCUGUGUCUCUGAAUAGCUUGAGAGGUA